AUCCUAUAUCCUAUAUACACCCCCCCCAAUCAGUAAAAUGCGCCACUUCGACGCCUGGCUCCUCCGCGACCCCUACUCCAUCUUCCACUACUACUCCACCGGCCGACGCUGGCAAGAGACCGUCCGCGACCUAAUCCAAGAGCGCAAGAUCUGUUCCCCCCCGUCUCCAGGGGAGAACGACGAUGCUACUAUCGACCCAUACGCCCGCCCCCUCCAUCCCCAAUCCACCUGUGCCUUCCUGCAGCGCCUACCCCUCGAGAUCCGCCUCCUCAUCUACCAAUACGUCUUCGGCCAAGACGUCGUCGUCCAUCUCGUCCAGCUCAAGGGCCAGAUCCGCCACGUGCGCUGUCACGAGACCCGCUCGUCGCUCGCUCGCAACCGGCGCUGUUGUCCGGUAACACCUGCGCGCUGGCGCAUUCACGACCAGCCUGCCUCAUCUUCAUUAUCACCAUCCCCACACAGUCGACUAUCGCAAGGGAAACCCCCUCAACCAGGGGCGCAUCGCACAGACGCAGUCCUCUACCCGCACUCCCACGCCCAACUCCCCAACAACCUAAGCAACUCCUCCCCCGCCCUCCUCCGCACCUGUCGCGCCAUCUACGCCGAAGCAGCCGACCUGCUCUACCGCGAUCGCGUCUUCGACGUCGAUGACCUGCACACCUUUAUCGCGUUCUCCCGCGCAAUCAGCCCGUCCAGCCGGCGCGCCAUCAACCGUCUAACCGUCCACUGGAUGCCUAUCUUUCCUCCGUUGAUGAACCCAGAUAAUCCCGCCUCCGCAGCAGCAUCAGCCUCUAUCUUCACGCACACGCAUAAUGACCACCUCUGGUCACUGUUCUGGUCGCGCGUUGCCUCACUUCCGAAUAUAAAGGAACUCCUCCUGGCAAUCGACCUCGGCCGGUUUACCGCUGCGAACUUCACCCAUCCCCUUCCCCCAACAACAACCACUACUACUACCACCCCUACAACACCCGCUACCGCAGGAGGCACCCUCCUCACCCCCCGCCUCCGCCUCUCCAUCGACGAACCCUGGGUAACGCCCCUCCUCGCCAUCCGCGGCAUCCAACACUUCGAUCUAGCCAUCACCGCGCGGUGUGACCCCGUCGCGAAGCGCCUGCUGGAACCGGAGUUGUGUAAAGAGGCGGGGACGCUGCGCGAUCAUUUACGUGCUGUGCUUUGUGCUGAGCCGGAUCCGGAUCCGCUUCCUCUUUUCCAGACGUUGCCGAAGGCUGUGAGGGAGAUUCUUGAGGCUGCGGCUGCGGCUGAGGCUGGGGCUGGGGCUGGGGCUUCUUCUUGGGCGGGGAGGGAUGGGAGGAGGGGGGAGGGGAAGAUGGGGAGGAGGAGGUUGGCUAUUACUGCUGCUUGA